CUCACACAAGCACACAUGACAUUUUUACUUGAUGGUGCAGUAAGUAUUGGUUGUCACGUCGCCUCAGUUCGUCAACCUGCUCCUCAUCUCUAUGUACGUAGUACCGACCACUUCUCGCCAGACUCCCGCCACCUUUGUGUUGAAGACAGUCACUUCCCUGGGACGCGGAGCGCGGGCACCAUGGAGGGAGUAGAGCACCGCAUCACCUCACCCCUCACCCCGUCAGUGCCCCUCGCACCGCCUUGCCUCGACCAGCAGGAGCCCCACCUCUCCAAGACCAACAAUCAGGUCUCGACGGUCACGCUGUACGGAGUCCCCAUCGUGUCCCUCAACAUCGACAACGUAGAGAGGCUGUGUCUGGCGCAGAUCUCCAACACACUGCUGAAGCAGGAUUUUAGCUACAACGAGAUCCACAACCGACGCGUGGCUCUGGGCAUCACCUGCGUCCAGUGCACCCCCGUCCAGCUGGAGAUCUUGCGGCGAGCGGGGGCGAUGCCGAUCUCCUCCAGAAGGUGCGGGAUGAUCACCAAGCGCGAGGCUGAGCGGCUGUGCAAGUCCUUUCUGGGUGACAACACGCCCCCGAAACUCCCGGAGAACUUUGCUUUCGAUGUGAUUCACGAGUGUGCGUGGGGAUGCCGCGGUUCCUUCGUCCCCUCCAGAUACAAUUCCUCGCGAGCCAAGUGCAUCAAGUGUCUUUACUGCGCCAUGUUCUACAGCCCAAACAAAUUCGUGUUCCAUUCACACCGCCUUGCUGACAGCAAGUACGUGCAGCCCGACGCCGCUAAUUUCAACUCUUGGCGGCGACACAUCCGCCUGGACGGGGACCCACCCAUCGAGGUGGUGCACGCCUGGGAGGACGUGAAGGCAAUGUUCAACGGAGGCACCAGAAAGCGUCUGAUGGCCGCUAACUCACAGCGGCGUGUUUUUCCUCAGGGUCACAGUUCCCGUGUCAAGUCUCCGAGGCUUGAGGCGCCCCUCACCAAACCCCCGACGUUCGCGCCGCCAGCUUUGAAGGCCGUGGGAGCUGACCUCUCCUACCCACCACCUUACCUAGCGCCUCUGCCUCCUCCUUACCCCGCCCAUCACAAAGACGCCCACCAAACCUUCGUCGACUACUUGUGGGGCUCCAGGACCUCCAUACCGCCUCUUGGGCUGCCCUACCCUCUAGCGGCCUGGCCCAGACGGCCACUUCCCAGCUUUCCUCCUCUGCCACUAUCCGACCCCCAGACCAGACCCCGCCGCAGAUCCCAGGCCCCCUGAUUCCGAGCCGCCGGUGCUUCGCCCUGCACACCUGUCAGCCUUCACACCAGUGGCCCGAGCGUCGCCGACACCAACUGUCAGCGCCAGCAGGGACUCUGGGGCUCCGCUGCCUGACUCAAGCCGACAUUCAGACGACGAGACAGUCGA